AUGCCGACGAAGAAUUAUAUCCAGGAUGUCCUCGAAGCAACUCCCUUCCCGCGANCGAGCGGCGACGACUCCCACUCCCAAUUCGUCCAAAACCGAUCCUCGGCCUCCUCGGCCUCGCUGCGGCAAUCCGAGACGUACGCCGCCGUUCUCGACACCUACGCCGCCUCUGCCGCCGCGGCGCGGGGCCGUUCGAUUCAAGACGCCAAAGAUUUGAUCCGAAGGUAUAGACCCGGCGAUUGGAUUGAGGAGGUCGGCGGCACCAAAGCCAGCGACUACGAAAUCCCGGAGACCACCACGCUUCUUCUGAUCGGCCCGAGAGGGUCCGGCAAGAGCACGCUCGUGAAUCGGAUCACUCGAGUUUUUGACGACGACCUGUCUGCGCCGGUUAGGGCUCAGGUUUGCCAUAAUGCUUCCGCGGUCCCCGGGACCUGCUUCUUGCAAGAGUACAUGAUCCCAAGGAAUUCGAAGUCUCUAUGCGUCUACGACACUCGGGGUUUGUCGACGAUUCCAUCUGAGAACUUAAAGCUGCUGCAGCAGUGGAUGACCCGUGGAGUGAGGCAUGGGGCGAUGGAUUUUUGGGAUUCUGAUGAUGUAGCUACAAAGCAAAACAUUAAAAUUAUGGCACGACAUGGUGGAUUUCUUCAUUGCCAAAAGAGAACUGUGAAUUUUGUCAUCUUUGUUGUUGACGGAGUCUCUAUACUCAACUCAAUUGAUAGCGAGGAUACACAGUACAUCAACUUGGUCGUCGAAAAUUUUAAGUAUCCAUUCUUGUCAUUUAAAGAUAGCAAGCCUGUUGUUGUGGUCACCCAUGGGGAUAGACUCUCAACCUUUGAACGUGCUCGUGUUCGCGUUCAGUUAGGAGAGGUACUCGGCAUUCCUCCUACUUCACAGAUUUUUGACAUCCCAGGUGUUAAUGAUUAUGACACCGAGUUAACCAUAUUGGACAUGCUGCGUUAUUGUGCCGAACAUGCUGACAGGAAUCUUCCUUCAAAACAAAAUUUUCUAAAAGAGUACUGGGGAUCGGAGAUCUCUAUAAAGACUAUAUACAGAUAUCUGGGCCUUGAUGGAGUCCUUGAUGUUGGCAUUUGUAUUUGUGUUAUGAUCGUUUUACUGCGCUGCUUAGAUAUGAUUGUGAACUGGUGAGUGCAUCCCAUCUACUAUAAGGAUUGAGAUAGGUUCCGGCAAUGAAUACAUUCUGAUGUGCGCAAGACUUUCUAGACUGAAGUAAUUUGUUUGGAAUUCUGGCUUAGAACUUUCAUCGUUGUAAAUAAUCUUAAAUCAUGUUAGUUUUUUUCUUUCUUAUUUAUUUUUGGGGUUCAAUCUUUUGUCUUUCAUGUAAAUAAAGAACAGGCAUCGAGUGCCCCAUAAAGAACCUCCUGUGCACUGUUGAUGUGUUAAUCUCCUAGAUGGUGUCGUCAAUUAUCAAUCAAAGUCCUCCGUAUUGUGUAUCCUAGUA